CUAUCUUUUUCCCUAACUCCCAUUUCAUUUCAUCUCUCUCUCCCCUGAGGGUGAACAGGCCUCAAUUCUCUCAGUUCCCCAAAGUGCCAUACAACAACAACAACGUACGACUCCUGGAAAAAUCAAAAAACGUAUACUCAACAAUCUCCCUUCCUUAUAUCAUCAACAAUAACCUUCUUCCACUUACUCCAAAAAUUUAAACUCUCUCUGGGUAACUUUUUCGACUCCAGAACGUUCCUUUUGAUUUGAUUCAGUUUCUUCUCUGCCGGGGUGGGCAAAAAUAUGGCGUCCGGGGUCAUCACCAGGAAAUCUGGAGCCAUGAUGGCCACCGCUCGUUACCUCACCAGGAGAAACAUGACUCAUGGUGGAAGCUGUUGUGGGAAUCACCAUCAUCCACCACCAUUCGAGAGGAAGAAGCAGCAGAGUUGUUCUCGGUCUUUGUUGGGAUUCUGGAGAUUCAACUCCACCAAAGCUUCUGCAGUUGAUGUGUAUUCCAGCGAUGAAGACGUUACCAAUACCAAACAUCAUCAGGGCCUGGAUUUCCCCGGAGGACACGUGUCGUACACUCAUUCACUAAACUUCAUCUCCAAGUCAUCAACCCAAAACAGAGUCCCCUGCUACAGAGUCCUCGACGACAACGGCGUCGUGAUCGGCGGCAGCAGCAGCAACAUCUCCGGCGACUUGGAAUGCCAAAUCCAACAGCAACCACUGAUCAGCCAGCAAACCGCACUAAAGAUGUACAGAGAAAUGGUGAGGCUUCAGGUGAUGGACACCAUCUUCUACGAAGCACAGAGGCAGGGGAGGCUCUCCUUCUACUUGACCUCCACCGGCGAGGAAGCCAUCAGCGUCGCGUCGGCGGCGGCGCUCAGCUCCGACGAUGUCGUCAUGCCGCAGUACAGGGAGCCAGGUGUCCUGCUGUGGCGUGGCUUCUCGUUGAGGGAAUUUGCCGACCAGUGCUUUGGGAACAAGGAUGAUUAUGGGAAAGGGAGGCAGAUGCCUAUUCACUAUGGUUCCAAUAAGCUCAAUUACUUCACUGUUUCUUCCCCUCUCGCUACUCAGAUCCCUCAGGCUGCUGGUGUGGCGUAUGCGCUUAAGAUGGAGAAGAAAGAUGCAUGUGUCGUCACAUUUUUCGGCGAUGGUAGCUCCAGCGAGGGAGAUUUUCAUGCUGGAUUGAACUUUGCGGCAGUCACAGAAUCCCCAGUGGUAUUCGUCUGCAGGAACAAUGGCUGGGCCAUCAGCACCAAUGUAUCAGAGCAGUUUCGAAGCGAUGGCAUUGUGGUCAAAGGACAAGCAUAUGGAAUUGACAGCAUCAGGGUCGAUGGGAAUGAUGCUCUUGCUGUCUACAAUUCCAUUCGUGCCGCUCGUCAAAUGGCGGUCAACCAAGGAAAACCCGUAUUAGUCGAGUUUCUAACGUAUCGAGUAGGACAUCACUCUACAUCCGACGAUUCGACUAAGUAUCGCCCCAUGGACGAGAUCGAGCACUGGAAAGUGACUAGAAACCCAGUGAGUAGGUUUAGGAAGUGGGUUGAAGGCAAUGGUUGGUGGAAUGAAGAUGAAGAAUCGGAGCUCAGAAGUGCAACCAGAAAACAACUAUUGCAAGCAAUUCAAGCGGCGGAGAGAACUCAGAAACCUUCACUGAAAGAAAUGUUCUCCGACGUUUAUGAUGAAACGCCGUCGAAUCUUCGUGAGCAACAGGAACAACUUCGAGAAAUCAUCAAAAGACACCCUAAAGAUUACCCUUCUGAUAUUCCUGUCUAGAGCGUGUACAUUUUAUGCAUUCUUUUGAUUGAUUUCGCUAGUAUGGCAUGUGGGUAUUAGAGAGGCAAGAAAGAAAAUGGUGCAUAAAUGAACUGAAGUUGUAAAUGGAGUUCAUGAUUUAUACUUUUGUAUAUAACCUAACUAAGAUCAAUAAAAUUCUCCUUCUAGA